AUGAAGCCCCUGAGCGGUGCGCUGGGAUCCACCCGCUUUGUGGCAGUCGCCUUCUCGGUGGUCUCACAGGAGGGAGGCCCGCCGCGGUAUCUUUGUGCGGUCACGGCGGGUUCAGAGCCAACUUUGGUUCUGAUGAACUGGGAGUCAGAGAAGAUCCUGGCAAAGUGCAAGCUCCCUGGAACCGUGGAUCGUGUAGCUUUCCCCUUCCAGCACGACCGCACGGAUGUCACAGUGUCCGGGCCGCACAUGCUUCGGCUACUGCAGAUUCGGCAUGCCAAAGGCGAGGUGACCUUGAAGACGAUGCCAGCGUUUUCUGGACUUCAAGAGAAGGCGGAGGCCAUCCUGGAUCACACCUGGCUAGAAGCAGGUCGCGGACUCCUGGGCCUCUGUGUGCACGAAGGUCCUGUCCACAUCCUCAGCGCUGAUGAGCUGAUUGUGCUGCGGACGAUCGAAUCCGCUUUUGGGCCUGAGGGGGACCUCGAAGAGGUGCUUCCCCUUUGUAUCCGCUCCUUCACCCACGGCUUCCUCCUUGGGGGCUCCCACGGCUACCUCGCUGUCUGGGAAGAGGCGGACGAUGAAGCUUUUGCCAGCGUUGACGAUGGCUCGGAGGGAUCCCGAAGGGCACCGGAGAAUGAAUAUAAGCUUGCAGUGGCUGUGAAGAUCAGGGAAGACCCAGAUGCUGUGUGCUCCCUCGACAUUACCCCCAGUGAGGAGCACCUGCUGCUGGGUUUCGGCGAUUCCGCAAUGGGUGUGGUGCCGAUGGCUUCGAUAUAUGGCAACGAAGAAGAGCAGGUCCCGAUCAACAUCAGCGGAAAUCACUCAGCGGCCAUCACUGGCAUGGACAUGGCGGUACAUCGAUCACUGGUGGUUACCAUCUGCCAUCGUGACAGCAGCAUGCGCUUGUGGAAUUGGGCCACGCGGACCUGCGAGAUCCGCUCCAAGUUUGGCGGGGAUCCUCCGACCGCUGUGGCCAUACAUCCGUUCGGCUACUACUUGGCCAUGGCCUUUGCAGAGAAGCUGCGAUUCUACCAUAUCCUGAUCAAGGACAUCAGGCUGCACAAGGAGAUUAACCUCCGGGGCGUUGGGCUUCUGAAGUUCACCCAUGGGGGUCAUCUUCUGGCAGUCACCCAAGGCAAGUCCAUCUACAUCUACUCUGUCCGGACGCUGGAGAAACUUGCCACUCUCUCAGGCCACAAUCAGGAAAUCACUUGCCUCAGCUUUGACCCGGAGGACCAUACCUUGUGGAGCACCUCGCAAGAUGGAAAGCUGAUCAAGUGGAAUCUCGCGACAUUCCGCAAUGAGUCCAGUCACGUCGAGACUGGCUCGGAACGCCUGGCCGUGAGCGUCAUUUCACCGGACCAGGCGACCUGCAGCAUCUUCAGAAAUGGAAAGCAGCUGCUCCAAAGGUUCUCGCAGAGCGACUUGGAGUAUGAGGUCGAGCUGGAGUCCAACGUGAAAGUUGUCUCUCUUUACCAUCACCACGGCAACUCCAUGUUCCUGGCGGGCACCGCCCGAGGGGGCUUGCAGAUCUACACGUCACUGCCUUACCAGGGCAAGCCCAAGUUCGUCGAAUUGGCGCUUCAUGGCAUGGCGUGCACGGCGAUCUGCGUCUCCGUUGAUGGGAGCCCUGUCUAA